AUGGCUCACGACGCGACGCGAACAGACAUUCUUUCGGGGAGCACCGCCCUUCAGGGGGUUCCUCAUUUUACCACUUCGCAUAUUGUCCUCGCCGUUCUGACUGUCCUGUUGACGUCCAAGUGGUACAGUAAUUAUCAGAAGAGGGUCAAAGUCCCUGGGAUCGGAUAUAGCGCCUGGCCGAUUCUCUCCUCGUGGAUCGCGGCUUUCAAGUUCAUGCGGUCCCCCGUCGAGUUGACAAGGCAGGGCAUCGAAAAACACAACCGGGGUUUCUUCCGCAUCUCGACUCUCCAGGGCGAGUAUGUCCUGAUCGCGCAGAGGGACAAAAUUGCCGAGUAUGUAAAGGCCCCGGACGAUGUCCUAGGCUUCCAAGAAGCUGCCAAUGAUCAACAACAAAUCGAGUACACGAUGGGUUUUGGUGUGGCUUUCAGGACGUACCACACGCCUGUUGUGCGGAUACAGCUAACGCAGAGCCUCAAAACUCAUAUCCCUGCAAUGAUGGACGAAAUGAGCCUCGCUCUUGACGACAUGAUCGGAUCCCCUUCAGAGUUUCAACAAUUUGCCCUGUACGACAUCAUUGCCAUGGCAGUUGCACGGACCAGCAGUCGGGUUUUUGUUGGACCCAUACUGUCCAGGAACAAAGAGUACCUUGAAAACGCAAUAAACUACGCAGCAGCGGUAGUGAUCUCUGCAGAGCUCGUCCGCAUGUUCCCGCCUUGGCUCAAGAGUAUUCUGAUCAAAGUUGCGCCGGUGACAUGGUACCGUCGUAGGAGCCUCAAAUUCCUCAGACAUAUCAUUCAAGACAGACUGGACGGCAAACUGGACGAGAAUGGACAGAAACCUGAUGAUUUGAUUCAAUGGCUAGUUGACGCUGCACCGCCGAUCGAAAGGACGAUUCCGCAGUUGGCAGAACGUAUCAUGGCUCUCAACGUGGCUUCUAUACAUACCACGACGAUGACUCUCUCAGGGGCCCUUUACUGCCUUGCCGCUGAGCCAGAGAAGUACACUGCGGAACUGAGAGCCGAAGUCUUAGAGCAUGCCCCCGAUGGCAACAUAACCAAAGACACUUUGGUGAAACUGGUGAAGAUGGACAGCUUCCUCAGAGAAGCUGGGAGAUUCAACAACGCUGGACUUCUCUCCAUGCAACGGAACGCAAAGAAAAAAUUCACAUUCUCUGACGGGACGGUUAUACCUCCCGGAGCGAAAGUCGGAACACCACUCCUUUUUGUUCAUCGAGAUCCCGCCCUCUACGACAACCCCGAGGUAUUUGACGGCUUUCGCUUCAGCCGGCUGAGAGAGAAUGCGGAAACUGGACAAGCGAUCAAAUAUACCAUGAUCAGCACCGAUCCUGCCUAUCAGCUCUUCGGACACGGGAAACACGCUUGUCCCGGCCGCUUUUUUGCAGUCACGGAGAUGAAGUUGCUCUUUUCUCUCAUUCUACUUCGGUAUGAUCUCGCUCUGGAGCCAGGGACGGGUCCGAAACCGAUUUACGUUGCCACGAUGUGUUUGCCUGACACGAAGUUGAAGGUCUUGAUGAAGAAGGCUGUCUCCUGA